GUAGGAGAAGGAGUAGCCGACAACGAAGUGCCAAGCGAAAUAGUUUUUGUAGAACCUAUACAAACUCGAGCAAUCGAAAAAGGAAAAAUACCAUACGAUCGUUAUUUACUACCAAUGGAAAAUGUUACUGUUCCAAUUUUCACCGCACAAAGUGGAGCUGGAUAUAUUAAAUUUAUUGAAAAUGAUUCAAGGCUUCUAAACAUUACUGAAAGUGAGCACCUGAUCUUAUUGCGGCAAAAAUAUCGGAAAACUAUUUUUUCACCUGAUCCGUCAAAUGCUAGCGAAACUAUGGAAGAGCUAUGGGCUUCUACAGACGAAUUUGAAAAAGAAGAAGAUUUUGUCGCAAAACAAAGACAACGUUUAGAUGAUGAACUGAUUAAGAAAUAUGGAACAGCUGGAAAAGCGUAUCGUUACGUACGAAGAUGCACAGAACAGUUUUCAUAUUUGGUCGAUUAUAAUGAUGGAGAAUAUUAUUACUGCCUUUACGAAGUCUCUGCACACGCUUAUAAUUGGUACGAAGCAGAAGCCUACUGUAACAAAGUUUACAAGGGGCAUUUGUUAUCAAUAAAAGAUCAAGAAGAAGCUGAAUUUGUUAAACGUAAGCAUUUUAAGAGAGCCUAUAAGCAACUGGGGUCAUCGACGGGAGGCGGUUUAAGUAUUGUUUGGAAUAAGACAAGUUCAAAAAAUUACCUACAUGACUCUUUAAAACGGAAGAAUUACCAUCUAGGACUGUUACUAACACCAUAUGGUGAGACCGAGCCGCAUGUAACAUUCACUCGAAUCCUUGGAAUUAACGGAAGUCAGAAGGAAAUUCACAAAUUUACUGACGGAACCGAUGCUGAUUAUGUUAUGAAUAGAAUCGCGCUAAUUUAUGGCAGUCAGUGGAUGAGUGAUAUUUGGAGAAUAAUGCAUUUAAAAUCUCAUCGUCAGGGAUUCUGUUACUCAUUUCAGCGUCACUGUGAAAAUUUUGUUGAGGCGAAAUGCAAAGGUUAA